AACAGCCAUCAUGUCGCGCCCCGAAGAUACCCUCGCGGCAGACAUCCACUACAAUGACUCCGAAGCCCGCAAAUACACCACCUCCUCCCGCAUCCAAAACAUCCAAGCCUCCAUGACCCGCCGCGCCCUCGAAAUCCUCGACCUCAAAUCCCCCUCCCUCAUCCUCGACGUAGGCUGCGGCAGCGGCCUCUCCGGCGAGAUCCUCACCGCCGAGCGCCCCGAAGACGGCGGCCCCCACACCUGGAUCGGCAUGGACGUGUCCCCCUCCAUGCUCGACGUCGCCCUCCAGCGCGACGUCCAAGGCGACCUCCUCCUCGCCGACAUGGGCCAAGGCGUCCCCUUCCGCCCGGGCGCCUUCGACGCCGCCAUCAGCAUCUCCGCCGUCCAGUGGCUCUGCAACGCCGAGGCCAGCGACACCUCCCCCGCCGGCCGCCUCGCCCGCUUCUUCGACGGCCUCUACGCCUCCCUCCGCCGCGGCGCCCGCGCCGUCUGCCAGUUCUACCCCAAGAACGACCAGCAGAAAACCAUGAUCACCCGGGCCGCCGUCCGCGCUGGCUUUGGCGCCGGCCUCCUCGAGGAUGACCCCAAUACCAAGAACGUCAAGCUCUACCUCGUCCUCACGGUGGGCGGGUCCGCCGGGGACGGCCGCGGCGGGGACAUCACCGGCGUCGUCGACGGGAUGGACAACGUCGACGUGUUGGAUUCGAGGCCGAAAGCCGCCGACGACAAGUCCGGGAAGGGCGCCAUCAAGAAGGGGAGCAAGGCUUGGAUCGUUCACAAGAAGGAGCAGAUGGAGAGGAAGGGAAAGGUGGUCAAGACUACUUCCAAGUACACGGGGCGCAAACGUCGGGUGGCCUUUUGAUGGGGCUCUCGGCUCUUCAGCCUUUUCUUUCUUUGGGUCUGGCGUUGCAUGGCGGGGGAGGGGAGGUUAGGAGUUUGUCCUCAUGUUUCUGUUCAAGGAGGUUUUGCAGUAUUGCAAUGUGGGAUACCCAUGAUAUUUUUUACCUACGGUCCGACGACACUUUCGUCUCUCGGCCACUUCCGUGUCACACAAGAUCCAUCCUCACCACAUUCACACCCACAGCCCGCAAAUUAGGAGGCGUAAGCAAAUCCUCCAUAGCCACAAGUUCCCUCUUCUCACACUCCCCCUUCGUUAGUCCCCUCACCCUAUCUAUCCUCGGGUCCUCCCCUUCCCCGUUCCAAACGCCCUUCCCAUGUACGAAUAUCGGCGUUGCCUGCUCUUCAGAGUCUUCACAGUCCAUCACGAUCCUCAUGCCCUCUGGUAACGGG